GGUGGGGUAGAGGGAAUAUAGGUAGUGGGUGUCUGAUCUGAAGGCUGUUGAUUUGUGGAGCACAGCAGGCUCCGCGCAUGAAAGAUUCGAGUAUCUCUGCUGUAAAUUGUCCAUCAUACGCUUUUCGCAGCAGCUGAAAGAUUCUGGAACCCUGUAGUAUAUAAAAGCAAACUCGGCGAUAAUUGUCUUUUCCACUAACUCUUUCUCUCCUCUUUCUCAUUCUUUUGUUCCGUUCUCCCAACCUUCCUCAUAACAACACAGACUUAACGAUGAUGAUGUUAGCCAGCCGAGCACCACAAUUCGCCACCGAAAUAUAUCCUCAUUCAUCACCGAGCACAAACCUUGCUGCCGACGAUUUUUACCAUACCUUACAAUCGAUUCUUGAUGAAGAAGAAGAAGAAGACGAGUUUGACGACGAGAUCAACCUAUCCAUUCAUAACCGUAACAGAUGCAGUAAUAAACACAGUAAUACCAGUAACAACAGCAGCAGUAACCAUUCAGUGACCAGAUCCCUCCAUGAUGCCAUCGCUACUACGAUCGCCUGUCGAAUCGAUAAAUCUCCGGUGUGGCACAAUCGAGGGGUCAAAUGUACUGCGUCCAUCAUCAACGCUGUCGAUACCUCCUAUGGUGACUCCUGGAUUAAGGGAUCUGCAAGCAUUGCCGCAACCAGAAAUUUGCGGUCGGUAGCUGCUAGCAGUAGUAGCAGCACUAGCAGCACUAGCAGUAGUAGUAGCAAUAGUGCCUCGGCGACUCGAAGGAGAUCGAGCAUCCAACUCUCUACCAUCACCGAAGAAGAAGAAUGAACAACUUACUGCUUUUUUUCUCUUCUGUAAUUUUUUCUUUGUUUUGAAAAUAAAAUUGUUUUAAUAACCUUUUUUUUUAUUUUUGAUAUGAU